GUUCGUGGUCACAAUGAAGAUCCAAUCGAGACCCACGCAAGGGCGUCGCAUGAGCAUUAUGAGGACUCCUACAGCCAGCUUAGCUGUUCAGUCCUCAAUGGCAAAAAUCCCAGCUUCCACCACACUGGCCAUUUUCCUGGCUUGCCUCUUCUCUGGGGCACACAGCCAGACCCCAAGGGCUUUCCAGGAGAGCACCAUUCCUGUUGAGGCGCUUAGCCAGGAGCAGGUUUACAGCCUGGUCCAGCCAAGCCUGUUCCAGGAUAACAGGCAGUCGAACCACUCAGAGAGCGUCUCUGGGAGCACCAGCUCUGAGCCACCUCUGCUGCCUGUGUGCAUGAAGCCCGCGGAUAUCAGACACAUCUUCAAAUACAUCAACACCAUCGUGUCCUGCACCAUCUUCAUAGUAGGGAUCAUUGGCAACUCCACACUCCUGAGGAUCAUUUACAAGAACAAGUGCAUGAGGAAUGGGCCGAAUGUCCUUAUUGCCAGCUUGGCACUUGGAGAUCUGCUCUACAUCCUCAUUGCUCUGCCCAUCAACGUGUAUAAGCUCUUGGCAAAGGACUGGCCCUUUGGUGUGCAGGUGUGCAAGCUGGUCCCCUUCAUCCAGAAGGCUUCGGUGGGCAUUACGGUCCUCAGCCUUUGUGCCCUCAGCAUCGACAGGUACCGAGCAGUGGCGUCCUGGAGUCGGAUUCAGGGGAUAGGAAUCCCCAUGUGGAAGGCAGUGGAGGUGAUGCUGAUCUGGGCAGUGGCCAUCGUGCUUGCAGUGCCUGAAGCUAUAGCCUUUGACAUGGUGGAGCUCAAUUACUGGGAACAACACCUGUGGGUGUGCAUGCUUGCCUCCGAACAGAAAUCUAGCUUCAUGAUGUUCUACCAUGAUGUGAAGGACUGGUGGCUUUUUGGCUUCUAUUUCUGCCUCCCCUUGGUAUGCACCGGCAUCUUCUACACCCUCAUGUCAUGCGAGAUGUUGAGCAAGAGAAACGGCAUGAGAACUGCUCUGAAUGACCACAUGAAACGGCGCCGGGAGGUGGCCAAGACAGUGUUCUGCCUCGUGGUGAUCUUUGCACUCUGCUGGCUUCCGCUCCACCUCAGCCGCAUCCUCAAGAAGACCAUCUAUGACCAGACGGACCCCAACAGAUGUGAACUGCUCAGUUUCCUCCUUGUGAUGGAUUACUUCGGGAUCAACAUGGCCUCCCUCAACUCCUGCAUCAACCCUGUGGCUCUCUACUUCGUCAGCCGGAAAUUCAAGAACUGCUUCCAGUCCUGCCUGUGCUGCUGGUGCCAGAGACCCGCUCUGACCAUCACACCGACGGAUGACAAGGGCUCUGUUGGGAAGUGGAAAGCCAACGGGCAGGAGCUUGGGCUGGACCGGAGCAGCUCCCGCUUGAGUAACAAGUACAGCUCUUCCUAAAGCCAUGCCUCCGGUGGGGCCAAGAGGACAAGGCUCUGUGCCAGGAUGGCAGGACUCCUCCAUUGCUCUCACACGGCCGUUUCCUGGCUGGGCCUGAAUCAUUUUUGUCUUCAUGUCAUAACCCACCUGGAAGGAGCUGCAGCAUUUUGCAGACCCCUGAGACUAGCUCUGAACACAGGCUCUGUACCAUUCUGAUCCAUCCCCUGGUCUGAGCCACUUCUGGAGGAGAGGGAAGAGGAUGCAGAUCCUCACAUGAUUUUUCAUUUCCUUGCAGGAAAACCAAAUGACUUACGGCCAUUUGUCUUGGGUGGAAAUGUGGGGUGGGGAGAUGUUUUUGAAAAGGGAAGGAAGGUUGAGAUGUGGUCACUUUGAAAUGAAUGUGGUAUGAGGAGGAGAGGGAGAGGACCAUGAAUGACAAUUUCCAGCUGAAAAAGCCAAAGAAAAGGUUUGAUAACAUCCCUUAUCAUCUCCCUCUGUCACUGGGACAGUUUGUCCCUCGGCAGAGAGCCAGAAUAAGAUCCAGGUCCCAGGUAUGUCUGAUAGACCAUUGACGGUGUGGAAUCUCCUCCUGGUCAUGGCAGGGAGAGAUGGGCAGUAACUUUGCUUCACUGUGUGACAAACCUGACCCAAGGAGCCCUAAAAGCCCCCCAGUUCACUUUUUCCUGGGAAAUCUGCCCCAGGCUCCCCACCCAGGGAAGAUGCUCACCCCACCUGUGUAUGGCACAAGAAAGGGAUUGCAUGGGACUGCAUGGCUUAGAGGAGCAUAUACCCUUGGUGGAAGCUCAUGGCUUUCUAUCAGCUCCAUCUUCCCCCUCCCCCGGGCAGGUGAGCUCCUGCUAGCCAGGCACAGUUGUUGGCCCGAGAGGCUGUCCUUCAGGAAAGAGCGUGUAAGCCCAGGAAAGGGAAGGCUCAAAUCUGGAUGAGGUUGCAACCAAGGAACCAGCCCUCACCUUUUCUGCCCCCUGCUGAACCUGGCAGCAGCUAAUUCUCUGCCUGCCACAGGAUGCAAGGGAGAGGAUCCCUUCCAGAAGAGCAUCCAGCAGCAGUCUUCACCAGCUGGAAAGUCCACAGACUCCUUCAGCCACUGCCUCUGGGGAGGGGGAUCGCCUGCAAGACCACUGCUCCGAAGGGAAAGAAGGGGCAUUUUGCUGCCUGCAGUUUCUGUUCCCCUUGCCAAUGAAGCCGAGAUCCAAAGGGGCAGCAGAGCUGAACCCCGAUGGCCACAGCACCAUGACACCAGGUUCAUCCAUUUGUAAGGGUGACACUGAUGCUCAUCCUCAUGGUCAAACUGCAGUGGAAAAGGGAACAGAGAAGGUCCAAUCUCAGCUGAAAGAGCUGGUAGAGCUAACCAAAAUAUGGCAAAAAGUCUCCACAAAUUUAUUAUUUAAUUAAUUCCCAAGUGCUUUCCCAGCGUGUUUUUCUAAAAAAUCAUGCUUGCAUAUCUUGCCAAAACUUCAAAACCUGUAUGAGAAAGUUCUAGUUACUAAGUUUUUUAUUACUGUUGUUUUUCCCUUCUCUCUUUUACCUCCCUCUCUUUCUUUUCUUCAUUUCCCUUUUCAUCUUGUCGAGGGAAAAACCAGAGAGAGGACAAAGGAAGAGCAGACUUGCAAAUAAAGCAAAACAUUUUCCAGG